UCUCAACAGAAAUGUGAGUGGAAGAGGAAAUUAGCCAAGUGCAGUUCUUCAGUGUAUGGAGGCUGUGGCUGUAUUAGGGUUUGCAGGAGGCAACGCUGAAUCUGCAGCCAUCUUCCUAAAGCCAGGCUUCAGUCGGAGCCUCUGUCUGCAAAGUGCGGUCGCUUCUCACUUCAGAGUGCGGGUGUGCGGGUCUCAGGUGUGGCCUGGCCUGCCGGAGGGGAAAGGUUUUGGUCCUUAGGUGUAUUGACUGCGAUUAUAAAUGAGAAGACCUGUGACCAGCUAAGAGAAUUGGCUGCAAGGAAUGGAAUUAGCUCACAGCCUGCUGCUCAAUGAAGAAGCGUCUAGUCAACUAGGUGAAGUUCAGAAGGCUGAGUUUAUUUUCGAAUGGCUGAGAUACUUGGAGAAGCUUUUGCUUGCAACCAGCAGGAACGAUGUAAGGGAGAAGCAGAAGACUCUGGUGGGACAGCUCCUGUCCUUGCUGAGCAGCUCCCCGGGGCCUCCCACUCGCAGACUCCUGGCUCACAAUCUAGCCGUACUUUAUAGUAUUGGAGACACAUUUUCUGUGUAUGAGACAAUUGAUAAAUGCAAUGAUCUUAUUCGUAGCAAAGAUGACUCUCCAAGUUACCUUCCCACCAAACUUGCUGCUGUGGUGUGUUUGGGUGCCUUGUACAAGAAGUUGGGUAGAAUACUGGCUAAUGCCUUUGCUGAUACAGUGGGGAAUAUUCUUAAAGCCAUGAAGAGUGCAGAGUCUCAAGGCCGCUAUGAGAUCAUGCUGAGUCUUCAGAGCAUGCUGACUGGACUGGGUGCUGCUGCUGCACCUUGCCACAGGGAUGUUUACAAAGCUGCUCGGUCCUGCUUAACAGACAGGUCCAUGGCUGUCCGCUGUGCUGCUGCCAAGUGUCUUCUUGAACUCCAGAAUGAGGCCAUCUUUAUGUGGAGCACAGACCUGGACAGUGUGGCCACACUAUGUUUUAAGUCCUUUGAAGGUUCCAAUUAUGAUGUGAGGAUUUCAGUUUCAAAGCUACUGGGCACAGUGUUGGCUAAAGCUGUAAUUGCUAAGCAUCCAGGAGCAGCCUCGAGGCAAAGUGCUCGCAGAGUCUCUCUGGAGGAAGUUCUGGAAUUGCUGGGAACAGGCUUUCUGCGUGGGAGUUCAGGAUUCCUUCGAGCCAGUGGAGAUAUGCUGAAAGGAAGCAGUUCAGUCAGCAGGGACGUUCGGGUUGGAGUUACUCAGGCUUACGUGGUAUUUGUUUCAACAUUAGGAGGAGCUUGGCUAGAGAAGAACUUUGCUGUCUUUCUUUCUCAUGUCCUAAGCCUUGUAUCACAGUUGAAUUCUAAAGCCACUCAAACCCAGAUUGAUGCUGUCUGCUGUCGCCGGUGUGUUUCAUUUAUCCUUCGAGCCACCAUAGGAGGCCUUCUUGGAGAAAAGGCUCAGAUUGCUGCUGCAAAGGAUAUUUGCCAGACCAUCUGGAAGCUGAAGAAAGUUAUGGAUGCUGUAUUGAGUGAUGGUAAUUUGGAAACCCGUCUCAGUUCCACGGAUGUAGCAGCCAGCCAACACACGCUGGUUUGUGCAUUACAAGAACUUGGAAAUCUCAUACACGGUCUUGGCACUACAGCUGCACCUUUGCUGCAGGAUUCCAGUACAGGCCUCCUGGACAGUGUCGUUGCGGUGGCCCUGCACCCUAGCCUUUCUGUCCGACUGGCAGCAGCGUGGUGCUUGCGCUGCAUCACCGUGGCCUUGCCUUCCCAGCUGACACCUCUCUUAGACCGGUGCCUAGAACGGAUCGCGGUACUGAAGUCUUCACCGGAAGCAGUGACUGGCUUUAGUUUUGCUGUGGCGGCUCUGCUAGGUGCAGUGACGCACUGUCCUUUAGGAAUUCCUCAUGGAAAGGGCAAGGUUGUCAUGGCAUUAGCAGAGGAUUUGCUGUGUUCUGCUGCUCAGAACAGCCGCCUGUCCCUGCAGCGCACACAGGCGGGAUGGUUGUUGAUUGCUGCUCUCAUGACGUUAGGCCCUGCGGUGGUCAGUCGUCAUCUCGCUCGAGUUCUGCUCCUGUGGAAGUGUGUCUUUCCAGUGUCUCCCAAAGAUCUAGAGACAGAAAAAAGCCGAGGAGAUGCGUUUACGUGGCAAGUGACCCUGGAGGGCCGAGCUGGUGCUCUCGGUGCUGUCAAGAGCUUCAUUUCCCACUGUGGUGAUCUCCUCACUGAGGAAGUUAUUCAGCGUCUUCUGCCGCCACUUCCCAGUGCUGUGGAUUUGCUGACUCAGCUUUCUUCAAUACUAAAAACAUAUGGAAGUUCUUUGAAAACACCAUCAGUAGUUUAUAGACAGAGACUUUAUGAACUACUAAUUUUAUUACCUCCUGAGACCUAUAAAGGGAACCUCAGUGCUAUCCUCAAAGAGCUGGCUGCUGAACUGACUGCCCCUGAUACCCAAGCAGCAGCAUCUACGUGUUUACUUCCAGCCCUUUGUCACCCAGAUGACCUUCUGAUACUAAGUCCUUUGCUGCAAGAGACUGACCAUCGGUUUAUUGAAGAACAGCUCCUGCUUGGUAAUGGCGUUGCUUGUGGAAGUCUAGAGUAUGACCCCUACUCUGUCUAUGAGAAGGACGUAGGAGGAGACUCGGUGCCUAAGCCGCUGCCCCCAGCACUGUCACUUAUUAGCUCUGCAUCCAAGCUCUUUGGGGUUGUCUGCGCCCAUGUGCAAGAAGCCGAGAGGUUUCUGAUACUGGAACAGCUUUUGAACAGCGUAAAGCACACCAAAGGAGCUCGUCAGCAAACGGUUCAGAUGCACGUUGUUGCUGCCGUUUCUAAUUUAUUGAAGUAUGUGGCUGGCUCUAAACGAAGUUUGGGUCCAGAAGUAAGAAGACUUGUCCUUACAUUAGUGUUGGGAGCCCUAGAAAGUCCCAACCCCCUUUUGAGAUGUGCCGCUUCAGAAGCAUGGGCUAGACUGGCCCAAGUGGUUGAUGAUGGAGUUUUUACUGCUGGAUUAGCUCAAGUUAGCUUUGACAAGUUGAAGUCAGCAAGAGAUGUGGUUAGCAGAACAGGCCACUCCCUGGCUCUGGGAUCCCUGCAUAGGUACUUAGGGGGCAUAGGUCCUCAGCACUUGAGUUCCUGCAUUGGAGUCCUUUAUACUUUGUCUCAGGACAGCACUUCUCCUGAUGUGCAGACCUGGGCGCUCCACUCCCUCUCUCUGACCAUUGACUCUGCUGGUGCACUCUAUCACGUCCACGUGGAGCCCACCCUGUCACUCAUUACCAUGUUGUUGUUAAGUGUGCCUCCAACUCACGCCGAAGUUCACCAGAGUCUUGGCCGCUGCUUGAACGCCCUGAUUACCACGUUAGGCCCAGAGCUACAGGGUAGCAAUACUUCCGUGUCCACCUUAAGGACUUCCUGUCUGCUGGGUUGUGCAGUGAUGCAGGAUAACCCAGGCUGCCUGGUCCAGGCUCAGGCCAUCUCCUGCCUUCAGCAGCUUCACAUGUUUGCUCCACGGCAUGUCAACCUGUCUAGCCUGGUCAGCUGCCUCUGUGAGAUCUUGUUGGAUAAUUCUGUGUUGGUGAAUCUGUGCUCCCCCUACCUGUUGCUGAGAAGAGCAGUUCUGGCUUGUUUGCGGCAGCUGGUGCAGAGAGAAGCGGCUGAAGUUUCAGAGCAUGCUGUCCUGCUGGCCAGGGACAGCAGGGACCUGGCUGCGGAUGCUAACAUCAGAGAAGUGGGCCUUGAAGGGGCGCUGCUGGCCUUACUAGAUAAAGAGACAGACAGAAGCUUAUGCCAGGAUAUCAGAGAGACCUUACAUCACAUGCUGACGUCCAUGGCAGUGGAAAAGCUCUCCCUUUGGUUAAAGCUUUGUAAAGAUGUGCUAGCUGCAUCGGCCGAUUUUACAGCUGUAACUUGCGUGGAUCCAAUGCAAGAGGAGGAUGGAGACAGAGGAGAUGAUGCCUCCGUCUUGACCAGCAGAAGUGACGGAAAACCACACCCGUUCAGUAACCCCCGAUGGGCCACCAGAGUCUUCGCUGCCGACUGUGUCUGCAGAAUAAUCACCCAGUGCGAGAAUGCAAACAGCGCCCAUUUUGACAUUGCUUUAGCACAAGAACUGAAAAAACGUGAUUCAAGAAAUGAUUUCUUGGUGCUUCAUCUUGCUGACUUAAUUCGCAUGGCUUUUAUGGCUGCCACGGACCAUAGUGACCAGCUCCGUCUCUCUGGCCUUGACACACUCUUGGUUGUUAUUCGACGAUUUGCAGAUAUCCCCGAGCCAGAGUUCCCGGGUCAUGUUAUUCUGGAGCAGUAUCAAGCCAAUGUUGGAGCAGCUCUGCGGCCAGCCUUUACUUCAGAGACACCACCCGACAUCACUGCCCGAGCGUGUCAGGUUUGCAGUGCCUGGAUAGCAAGUGGAGUUGUAAGUGACCUCGGUGACCUCCGCAGAGUUCAUCAGCUACUUGUCUCAUCACUAACAAAGAUCCAGGCUGGAAAGGAGGCUCUCAGUCACCUGUAUAAUGAGAGUGCUUCUACCAUGGAGAUCUUGGCCGUGCUGAAAGCCUGGGCAGAGGUCUACAUAAUUGCUGUGCAAAGACAUAAAAAUCACAAACAAACUUUGAAGACCACUGUUAAUUCAGAAGACAGUGUGCGAAGUCGGUCCCCUCCGACUGAUGGUCUUCUUGACUUAGUCUGCGCAGACCUGGGCACACUAAGCAGACUCUGGCUUGCUGCACUUCAGGAUUUUGCUCUCUUAACUUUGCCUGCAGAAUUUGCCUCCCAGCUUCCUGUUGAAGGCGGUGCUUUCUACACAGCGGAGACUAGCGACCACGCCAAGCUGCAUUACCACAGCUCCUGGGCGCUCAUCCUCCACGCUGCUGCACUGUGGCUCACCAGCACAGGCUUCGCUGACCCGGAAGAAGACGCUGCCAAUCUCUCAAGGCCUGUAACUCCGACUUCCAUGUGCCAGGGCUCAUCAUCUUCUGGGGCUGCAGUGAAGUCCCCGGAGGAUGUCUACACUGACCGGUUCCAUCUGAUUUUAGGAAUCAGUGUGGAGUUCCUGUGUUCCCUGCGCUCAGACGCCACCAUGGAGAGCAUCACCGCCUGCCUGCAUGCACUGCAGGCCCUUCUCGAUGUUCCUUGGCCCAGAUCUAAAAUCGGCAGUGAUCAGGACUUGGGUAUUGAAUUGCUGAACGUCCUACACCGAGUAAUUUUGACCAGAGAGUCGCCUGCCGUUCAGCUGGCUUCCCUGGAAGUGGUGAGGCAGAUUAUCUGUGCGGCCCAGGAACACGUGAAGGAGAGGAGGCGGAGCGCGGAAGUGGACGAUGGCGCCUCUGAAAAGGAGACCCUGCCAGAGUUCGGUGAAGGGAAGGACACGGGAGGACUUGUACCUGGGAAGUCGUUGGUCUUUGCAACCCUGGAGCUGUGUGUCUGCAUCCUCGUUAGACAGCUCCCGGAACUCAACCCGAAGUUGACGGGUAGCCCAAGAGUACAAACUGCGAGGCCACAGACCCUGUCGGAGGAAGGAAGUAGACUGGUCACCGCUGCCUUGGUCAUCCUCGCCGAGCUUCCUGCCGUGUGCUCUCCUGAAGGAAGCAUCUCAAUUCUCCCUACUGUGUUGUACCUUGCGAUUGGAGUCCUCAGAGAAACUGCUGUGAAAUUCCCUGGGGGCCAGUUGUCCUCAACGGUCACAGCCUCCCUGCAAGCUCUGAAAGGAAUCCUAACCUCUCCGAUGGCCCGCGCGGAAAAGAGCCACGCAGCUUGGACCAGCCUCCUCCAGAAUGCUCUAGCAACCGUGCUCGACUGUUGGGGUCCAGUUGAUGGAACACAUCAAGAACUUGAUGAAGUCAGUCUACUCACGGCCGUCACAGUAUUUAUUUUGUCGACCAGUCCAGAAGUGACGACCAUCCCCUGCCUUCAGAAGCGCUGCAUUGAGAAAUUUAAGGCUGCCCUGGAGAGCAAAGACCCUGUGGUCCAGAUGAAGACCUAUCAGCUCCUACAUUCCAUUUUUCAGUAUCCGAAUCCGGCCAUCUCCUACCCGUACAUUUAUUCUUUAGCGUCUUCCAUUGUGGGGAAACUGCAGGAAAUAGACAAGAGAAAGCCCGAGGACACGGCCGAGCUGCAGAUCUUUCAGGAAGGAAUAAAGGUCUUGGAAGCGUUGGUCACCAUUGCCGACGAACAGCACCGCUCUCAGCUGGUGGCCUGCCUUCUGCCAGUCCUCAUCUCCUUCCUUUUGGAUGAGAACGCUCUGGGAUCAGCAACUUCGGUUAUGAGAAGUCUACAUGACUUUGCUUUGCAAAACCUCAUGCAGAUCGGGCCUCGGUAUUCCUCAGUGUUCAGGAAUGUCAUGGCUUCUUCCCCAGCCUUGAAAGCCCGGCUGGAGGCUGCCGUAAAGGGCAAUCAGGAAAGUGUCAGAGUGGAGGCGCCUUCUAAACAUGCCAAGAACCUGGGCAGGAACUCAAGCAUCCAAUUAAAGACGAAUUUCCUGUGAUGCUGCUCCUCUGGGACACUGGGCACCAGAUGUAAUCCUUGGUUGUCUCCUUGCCUUGGGGACAGAAGUGAAACUUGAGACCCAAGUGCAGUGGAGAUCCAGUUGAUUGUUCUGAUUUUAGGAGUGAUUGAAAACUUCACAUUCUUGCUAAUUUCGCUUUUGUUUGUUUUCUUUUACUAAGACCAUGGAACUGUCAGAAUUCUUGCCAGGCAUUUCAAGAAACUGCCAAAGAUCCCAAUUUACUAAGUAAUCCACUGCUUUGAGAAUGACGGGAUUUCCUCUGAGGGUCUGUGUGUUCAACUCUGACAGACAUCAGUGUGCUGUAAAGUCUCUGAACUCACACCGCAUCCCAGUUGCUAACGUAAAAUCCUGCCGUAUUCUGUAAUAGCAUCACACGUCAUUGCAGUUCUCAGGCGACAUCAGUGAUUAGAGCAGGGAAGGGGACCUGAGGAGACCGAGGCAGGAUGAUCACCAAAUUCUACACCAGCCCGGUCUACAUAGCAAGUUCCAGACCAGCUAGGAUACAUGAUAAGACUUCUCUCAAAAAGGAAUUAACUAACAAACAAGCCAAUUAAUAAUGCCAACAGAAAAUAAAUGAUUGGAACGAUCUUUAAGAACUGGAUCUAGCUGGGCAGAGGCAGUGCACACAUUUAAUCCCAGCACUUGAGAAGCAGAAGCAGGCGGAUCUCGUGAGUUUGAGGCCAGCCUGAUCUGCAAUGUGAGUUCCAGGACAGCCAAGGCUACACAUAGGGACCCUGUCUCGAAAAACCAAAAAAAUAAAAAAAUUAAAAAUAAAAAGACCCAGAUCUAGAAUUCCCCAACAUACACUAAGACAGCCAGCAUCAGCCUCCCCGUGUGUUUGAGGCUGUGCUCUUUUAAGGGGGUUUAUGCUGAGGGCACACUUGAGUGCUUUUAUAGAGAACAGAACGUCUCCAUCCUACUGUUCUUCAGAUGGAUUUUCUGUUACCUCGGUUCCAUUUUGUUGUUGUUAUUUGUGGAAAUGAUUCAUAUUGAGAGCUUAAUGGAGAUUUGUGUCUAUAUCGAUAGAUUAUAUGAAUGUCAAAUUUAGUACAACAGAUUUAGAACUUCUGUGAAUACAAGUAUGUUUUUUUAACACAGAAUGUAUUUUAAUAUAAAAAUCUAAUGAUAAAGUCACGUUGGUUGAAAACUAUUUUGGGCUGUGUUCACGAUCACUGACUUUCCCGCCGCUGCAGUAUUGUCCUGUGUGACUGAGCACUGUCAGAGCCAUGCAGCGUCCUGUUGUCAUUCACGACCUGCAGGGACAGAGGCGUGCUCAGAAUCGAGAACGGAUGGGAGCAGGAACCACGCUGGACUCUAUUUUAGUAUGUUUGUAUGUAAAUACUCUUGUAAAGCUUUCAGAGUGGAAAACAUUUGACAACCUCUAACACUACAAUCAACUUUUCUAUAUUACACAAAUAAAGCUAAUUUUCUUUAA